AGACUAGUGGAACCAGCAGUUCAAAAGGAAGAAGUUUUGCUGGGCGGAAAGUUCCAAAUACAAGUAAUGCCUCUGAAGAAUUAUAUACGGUGGAUGAAUUUGCAGCAAAAGCCCUCACAGGGAAGCUGACUACAGUUUUUCUUCCCAUUGUCUAUAUCAUUGUCUUUAUCAUUGGUUUGCCAAGCAAUGCCAUGGCCCUCUGGGUGUUUUUUUUCCGAACAAAGAAGAAGCAUCCAGCUGUAAUUUAUAUGGUUAACUUGGCAUUGGCAGACCUUCUUUUUGUUGUCUGGUUCCCGCUGAAGAUUGCAUAUCAUAUAAACGGCAAUAAUUGGCUUUUUGGUGAAGGUCUCUGCAAAGUACUUGUUGGAUUUUUCUAUGGGAAUAUGUACUGUUCUAUUCUCUUUAUGACAUGUCUCAGUGUGCAGCGGUAUUGGGUUGUAGUGAACCCCAUAGUGCAUUCAAGAAAGAAAUCUGAAAUUGCCUUGGGUGUCUCCCUUGCUAUCUGGACAGUGGUUUUGUUGGUUACCAUUCCAUUGUAUCUUGUUAAUCAGACAGUGUAUAUUUCAAAUCUUAACAUCACUACCUGCCAUGAUGUGUUGCCUGAAAAUGUUUUGGCUCAUGAUAUGUUCAAUUAUUUCCUCUCACUUGCAGUUGGACUCUUCUUAAUCCCAGCUCUCCUCACUGCUGUUGCUUACAUACUAAUGAUUAAGACUCUGAAUGCUUCCAUCUCAGAUGUAAGCACUGGGAAGAAACGAAAAAGAGCAAUCAAGCUCAUCAUUGCUGUCCUGUCCAUGUAUCUCAUCUGUUUUACACCUAGCAAUGUGCUGCUUGUUGUGCAUUAUUUGCUCCUCAAAACCUCCAGCCAGAGCUAUUUGUAUAUGUCAUACAUAACCACACUGUGUCUUUCUACGUUGAACAGUUGUAUUGAUCCAUUCAUCUAUUACUAUAUUUCAAAAGACUUCAGAGACAACCUUAAAAACGCUCUUCUUUGCCGAAGUGUGCGAACUACACGGAGGAUGCAAGUGUCUCUCACAUCAAGCAGAUACCCCAAGAAAUCAAGUUCUUACUCUACAAACUCAAAUGGGACCACUAAGUCAACCUACUGA